ACCACUUGACCUUAUUGCUUUUAGCCUGCUGGCUUUAUAACUAUUUAUUUAUUUUAUUUUGGUUUGUCCCCAAAGAGGGGCUCAAAAGGAAAUGAAUUUCGAACCAGCACCUUUCACCACCUUGCAGUACUACCCUGAUCCCUGCAUCCAGCGGUUUGUAGAAACUCCGAGCCCCUUCUCCUGGAAGGAGAGUUACUAUCGAUCAGCCAUGUCCCAGGGCUCACAGCCGAGGGAAUUCCUCAGCCCAGAGGUAAUCCAGCAUCUCUGGGACUUCCUGGAACAACCAAUAUGCUCGGUUCAGCCAAUCGAUUUAAACUUCAUCGAUGGCCCAUCUGAAAAUGGCUCUACAAACAAAAUUGAGAUUAGCAUGGACUGCGUCCGGGUGCAGGACACAGAGCUGAAUGACCCCAUGUGGCCGCAGUACACGAACCUGGGGCUCCUGAACAGCAUGGACCAGCAGAUCCAGAAUGGCUCUUCCUCCACCAGCCCUUACAACACGGAGCACGCGCAGAACAGCGUCACGGCCCCCUCGCCUUAUGCCCAGCCCAGUUCGACUUUUGACGCUCUCUCGCCCUCCCCAGCCAUCCCUUCCAACACAGACUACCCAGGACCUCACAGCUUUGAUGUAUCAUUUCAACAGUCCAGCACAGCAAAGUCAGCAACAUGGACGUAUUCCACCGAACUGAAAAAGCUGUACUGCCAGAUUGCCAAGACAUGUCCCAUCCAGAUCAAAGUGAUGACCCCACCACCUCAGGGAGCCGUCAUCAGGGCUAUGCCAGUCUACAAGAAAGCUGAACAUGUCACUGAAGUGGUCAAACGCUGCCCGAACCACGAGCUGAGCCGGGAGUUCAAUGAGGGACAGAUUGCACCUCCCAGCCACCUGAUCAGGGUGGAAGGGAACAGCCAUGCCCAGUACGUAGAAGACCCCAUCACCGGGAGGCAGAGUGUGCUGGUCCCCUACGAGCCACCCCAGGUCGGUACUGAGUUCACGACAGUCUUGUACAACUUCAUGUGUAACAGUAGCUGCGUUGGAGGGAUGAACCGUCGCCCAAUCCUUAUCAUUGUGACACUGGAAACAAGAGACGGGCAAGUCUUGGGCCGCCGGUGCUUCGAAGCCCGUAUUUGCGCUUGCCCAGGCAGAGACCGCAAAGCAGACGAGGACAGCAUCCGCAAGCAGCAAGUCUCUGACAGCACAAAGAAUGGUGAUGGUACGAAGCGCCCGUUUCGACAAGGAACUCAUGGCAUACAGAUGACAUCUAUCAAAAAGAGACGUUCCCCAGAUGAUGAGCUCUUAUACUUGCCAGUGAGGGGACGGGAGACGUAUGAAAUGCUGCUAAAGAUCAAAGAGUCCCUGGAGCUGAUGCAGUACCUUCCCCAGCACACGAUUGAGACCUACCGGCAGCAGCAGCAACAGCAGCACCAGCACUUGCUCCAGAAGCAGACCUCCAUGCAGUCACAGUCAUCCUACGGCUCUAACUCUCCACCACUCAGCAAAAUGAACAGCAUGAACAAGCUGCCCUCGGUCAGCCAGCUCAUCAACCCCCAGCAGCGCAAUGCCCUGACCCCAACCACCAUCCCCGACAGCAUGGGAACCAACAUUCCCAUGAUGGGCACCCACAUGGCCAUGACCGGUGACAUGAAUGGCCUCAGCCCCACGCAGGCGCUGCCUCCUCCCCUCUCCAUGCCUUCAACGUCCCACUGCACUCCCCCUCCUCCAUACCCCUCAGACUGCAGCAUCGUCAGCUUCUUAGCGAGGUUGGGCUGCUCAUCCUGUGUGGAUUAUUUCACGACCCAGGGGCUGACCACCAUCUAUCAGAUUGAGCAUUACUCCAUGGAUGAUCUGGUGAGCCUCAAGAUCCCAGAGCAGUUCCGCCAUGCCAUCUGGAAGGGCAUCCUGGAUCAUCGGCAGCUCCAUGACUUCUCCUCCCCUCCUCACCUCCUGCGCACCCCCAGCGGCGCCUCCACGGUCAGCGUGGGCUCCAGUGAGACACGGGGGGAGCGCGUCAUCGACGCCGUGCGCUUCACGCUCCGGCAGACCAUCUCCUUCCCGCCCCGCGACGAGUGGAACGACUUCAACUUCGACAUGGAUGCCCGGCGCAACAAACAGCAACGCAUCAAGGAGGAAGGGGAGUGAGACCCCCGGACUCCCCCUCCACCCCGCCUUGGCCACAAACUGCUCAGCCCUUCAUUUGUCUUCCUUCUGCUUGGUACUGCACCCCUGGACGAAGGGCGGAGGGAACCUUCUUGCUCACUCAUGCCAGGUUAUGCCCUUGAUGCUGUCUAGGUCAUACUCCUGGACUGUGACCUCCACCCCAGCUCUUGCAAGGGGAAGAGCUGAGCAAAGGGGGAAGGCGGGUGGUAUUUCCUUGAAAACUCUGUUGAUACCUUCUUGAGAAGGAGUUCUUGUUUUGUGUUUUCCUUUGGGGAGAGGGCUUCUUUUCUUGACUUUUGAAUCCUCACACACGUUGUGAGUGUCCUGACAUGCAAACUUGUUUCCAUCAUCCAGCGAUCCCACUUUGAAAACAGGAAGGCUAAAAUAAAAUUAUUUUAAAGCAAAAAAAAAAACCAACAAAAAAAAACAAAACCAAAAAAAACCCACAAAAAAACAACCCCCAAAAAACCAAAACCAAACAACCAAACCCACACCAACAGCAAAUGCAAAAAAUCUAAAGCAACCAAACCCUGAACUGACCAUCCAAAAAAUAAAUGGGAAUCGGUUUACUGAACAUUGCACUUAAACAACUUCUUCCCAUGGAGCUGAGU